CCCUGGAUCCACAAGGUACCCUUAAAGAUAUGUACAUCUGGAUCAGACCUUCUUCAUGGAGAUUCAGUUCCAAAAGCUCUUAGAAAUACACCUUAGACUGCAGCAAGGCAGCACCUGUCUGGCUACAGUGGCUCUGCUUUUGCAUUUCUCCAGGCGAUGGAAAGGUGGGGUGAUGAUGUGUCAGGGUUUCCUUCCACUCUGCUCUGCAAAACCAGGAUGGCAGCGCCCAGGGCGGCUGUUCUCCCCACCCCGCCCCCGCCCCGGGAAACUAAGCUGAAAUGCAGGUGUUCUUUCCAGCUCAGCAGAUGCUAAGGCGAUAAGCUGCACCUUGCAGAGGCUCUGGGCGAUUCAGACCCGGAGGAGCGCUCAGUCCAGGCCAGCUCUCUCCUCCCUGGCGGCUCUGGGAUGGAUGCGUGUCUGCGCUCAGGGCAGCAGCCCCAGUCCGUGGACGAGGCACCGAGACCCCCGGAUGAGGAGGGUCUACAGACAGACGGCAGCAGCGGACCCCCGGGAGAUUCUAACAAGAUAGAACCAUCGCUUCAAAGCCUCCAGAAAUUUGUGCCUAUGAAUUACGCCAGCUACACCCAGGAGUACUAUUGGUUUGCAGGCAAGAGGAUUGUCAUUCAAGAAUCGAUCGAGAGUUACGGAGCGGUGGUGUGGCCAGGGGCCAUGGCUUUGUGCCAGUAUUUGGAGGAACACGCAGAGGAACUCGGUCUCCAAGGAGCUAAGAUGCUCGAAAUCGGUGCUGGACCAGGCCUCGUUUCCAUCGUGGCCAGUAUUCUAGGAGCUCAAGUCACAGCAACGGAUUUGCCUGACGUCCUAGGGAACCUUCAAUACAAUCUUUUAAGGAACACACGAAACCAUACAGCACAUCUGCCCGAAGUGAAAGAGCUGGUGUGGGGAGAGGGCCUGGAACAGAACUUCCCCAAGUCCACAUGUUACUAUGAUUACUUGCUGGCUUCUGACGUGGUCUACCACCAUUACUUCCUGGACAAGCUGCUUGCCACCAUGGCGUACCUCUGCCAGCCGGGAACGGUGUUGCUUUGGGCAAACAAGUUCAGAUUCAGCACCGAUUAUGAAUUUUUAGAUAAAUUCAAGCAGGUUUUUGACACAACACUCUUGGCUGAAUUUCAAGAGUCAUCAAUCAAACUUUUUAAAGGAGUGCUAAAAUGGGACUAAAUUAAACAAGAUACCUUUCGAAACAUGAGUGUGCCUUUUGAACAGUGUUAGAAAUUUUAUAAGAUUGCAAAGGUAGUGCACGGAAACAACUUGUAUAACUAGAAUAAACAUAAUAUUACAGCAACUCUCCAAAGCAAGCAGUUUAGGAUCAUCUGCUUCAUCUAAAUACACACAACCAACAUGAAAACAUGAAAGUAGCUCUGUUGGCUUCUGAGAGUCUCAAUUAAGUGUUAAAUAAAUUUUACACAAAUAAAUUAACAAACAAGUGGAUUUCCCCUCGUUCUUUCUGCUGGAAAGCAUGGUUUUAAACCUGUCAAUAUACUUUUGUCACUUGCUUUUUGAAAAUAAGCUUGACAGGGUCCGUGUAUCUUAAUCGGAAGAGUCUACUUUGUACAGAUUUUAACUGUAGCAAAGGGAGAGGAUAACGAGUAAUGGAAAACAAGUUCUAGGCUUUACACUGAUUAAAACUGAAAAAUACAGAAACAGUGCUGGAAUGAGAAAACGGAUGUCACCUCAGGGGCCCAGAACUAGUGCUGACCACACACUCUGCACCAGCUCUAAUGCUUCCUUCAGAAGUUAAGUUAUUUUAUCCAGCUCUU